CUUGCUAAUAAAAAUAAUUACUUGAAUUUUCAUUAUUAUUAUUGUUAAUAGUGUUUAAUAUUAUUUAUUAAGUUUAAACGUAUGUUUAAUAAUAACAUCCAAAUGUAUUGUACAUGAACAAUCAUAUAAAACAACCAAAUCUUAACCAGUAUGAAAUCGGCAAUUUUACAAUUUUCUUGGACUUUGCGAUUGCGUUGACCUAACAGAUAAUAGUCAAUGGCUAAAAAAGGAACGCCACGUGACGGCUUUAUAAAAGAACAAGCACGUAAUGGUUUAACCCUUUUCUUCUUAAAUUUGUUAUUAUUCAUUCUAUCAAUGGGUUGUUGGUUAAUAAAUACACUCACGACGAAAAAGUAAUAUUACGCAGAAUUAUUAUUAAUUAAUUAAACAAUGAAUAUACGUGGAGUUGCAUCAACUGGAAAUCAACCGAAUAGAAGUACUUCAUACUCACUGGGCCAGUUAGAUAUAAAUCAGACGCUGUCUAUAUUAUAUGGACAUCGUUCAAUAAGAACAGGACCUUCCCCAGUUGCUAACAAUGGAAAAUAUUGGACACCAAACAAACGCCGGGAAAAUGCGGAAACAGUGAAAUAUAUUAAACAGGUUGUUCAGGCCUGUAAAAUAGCAAAGCCUUGGACAGAUGAACGAGCUUCGCAAACAAUAUCUUAUACACAUGAAAGCAAAAUUAAACUGGAUCAACUACCUCAAGUAAUGCAAAAAAUACUACGAAAUAGAAUAAAAGAUAAAAAUUACCAAGAUAUUAUAAAUCAGUGGGAUUCAAGUGAAUUUGUUAAUGAUUGUCUUUUUUGGCACAAUUUCUAUAGACGUUUUCAUGGAUCACCCAAUUUAAUUUUAAGCUCAAAUUUAUGUCAACAUGCACAAGACUUGGCUAAUUAUUUAGCCCAUACGGACACAUUUGCGUAUCAAAAUCAAUCUAAGUAUGGGCAAAGUUUGUUUUGUAGAAAGUUAUUAGAUUUCACCAUUGAGACAAAUGGUAAAGAAGUAGUACGACAUUGGUAUUCCUCAUCUAAAGUUUUUAAGCCUAGAAAAAAUUCUAGUAUGUUUUCGGCUAAUAUAAAUUCAGGUCCAUUUACUCAACUUGUUUGGCGUGAUACAAAAUAUUUGGGUGUUGGAAGAGCAUGUAAUAAACUUGGUAAGGAGUUUAUUGUAGCAAAUUAUUUACCAAAAGGAAAUAUAAACGGACAAUAUUUAAAAAACGUACAUAUCAAUAAACUUUUCACAGUUAUAAAUCAAAAUGAUCAAUAGUUAUUGUUUCAACAACCAAAAAAAUAACAAUUUGUUUGUACUUUAUUGUAAUAUGUGAUUACUUAAAGUAUUUCUGUGACAAUUUUUUAAAAGGUGAUCAAGUCAUAAAAAUUGGGUUUUAAAAUUAUUAAUGAUAAUGUCAUCAAUAAUUCCGUCUUUAUACACAAUGUAUAAAAAGAAGGCUGUCAUCGAUCAGCUACCAAUAAUUAGAUUUCUAUUUUAUAAUUUAUUCUUGUUAAUUAAAGAUAGUUGUUUUCAAUAAGAU